GCAACCAUAAACUUGUCUUUCAUCUUCUUUCUUCUUCUCUUUCAACCGUUCUUCUACAGCAUAUAACAUAUAAAUAAACCAUGAUUGAAUCUGUAGCUAGCUGGUUCACCCCCACAAUUCUCUUUUGCUUCUUGAAUCUCAUGAUUGGAACUAUUUUCAUCACUUCAACUUUCAAAACUGACAAAAAACAACAACCCCAAGUCACUAGAACUCCAUCUCUUUUACAUCGAGUCAAGUCCUUUAACCUCUCUUUCCCUGACCCAUUUUGCUCCGUCACAAACGACUUAUCCGAUAAUAACUCACCACAACUCAACCGUAGUCCCUCUUUGUUACAACGGGUCAAGUCCAUCAACUUGUCUUUCUCUCGGUCCGAGCAACCCGACCCAGUUCCUUCUAUCGCUCAAUACGCCAUCCCAUAUGAAGAACAAGUUCACAAGGUUGAGGAUUGUAAAGAUAUGACACCUGACCCUAAUUCAACCCCAGAAAUUAGCUCAAGAUAUGAAGAUCGUUCAAAUCCAUAUAAGCAGACCAUCAACGGUAUUGAAGUGAGUCACGUGACAAGAAGUAAGUCUGCCACGUGCGUUGAAACGAAGCCGGAGAAGAGGGCGAUGAUGGUGAAGUCGGCUAGUGAGAAGAGGAUGCCGGUGGAAGAGAAGGAGGAAGAGAGGCGACCGGCAACGAUGAGGGAAACGGUGUCGUUUGGUGAAGAUGAAGCAGUUGAUAGUAAAGCUGAUGAUUUCAUUAACAAGUUCAGGAACCAGUUGAAGUUACAACGGCUUGAUUCUAUUAUUAGGUACAAGGAAAUAUUGAAUAGAGGAGUUAGCAGGUGAGCGAUCGAGGUGUACUUUUGGGACAAACACGCCCUUGGUUUGUAUGUGGAUGUGGAAACUCCAUGGAUAUUUUUGUCCCUUUGAACUUUUCUCCAUAUUUCUGCUGCUCCAUUCAAGAUUCAUUUUCACUGAAGAAGAAAAAAUUGAAGAUUCAUUUGAGGGCCUGGAAUUUGGACCAUAUGGAUAUUAUCAGAAAUGCUGUUAUAGAAUUAUACGAUUUUUAUGAGCAUCAAUAUUUUACCUAUAUUAGUAGAAAAUUGUUUCUCUUGAUUAUUGUUAUUAUAAUAUUAUUGUUUACCCCGAA